AUGACUUCUGCUAACUCUGCCUCAUAUUAUUACGAUAAUAAUUAUGAUUUUAAAGUGAGUUUUUCUCGGAAUAUUGUAGAAUUGUUCAGGUUAGAGGUUUUUGAAAAUUUGAACAUUCAAAAAAUUUGCUGUUUCAAAAUAUUCAUGAAUAAAUUAUUGGCUCUGAAAAUUUGAUUGUUGAGGGAUAAACAACAGAACAUUUUUCAAAAAAUUCGAAAACUAGGGAAUUGCUCAGGUUAAGAGCUUCUAUUCGAAUUUUGGUUAGCUUUUUAGAAAUUUUCAGAUAACGAGUUUAUUAUGAACGAUUCCAUGGAAAAUAAACAAGUUCUUGUCAGCAAAAAAUAUUAUAUGAAUAUUUUGAAACGUAGAAUAUUUUGGGAUAUUUUUCUAGAAAACAGCAUCUGAGAAGCUCAGCUCAUACUAAACAUUUUUCAAAAAUUCGAAAACUGAUGCAUUGCUCAGAUUAAGAGCUCUAAAGAUUACUGUAUUUUUGUCAGAUUUGUGAAGAAGACGAUGAAGAAGAAGAAGAGCAAAAACCAGUGCAAAAACGAGAAAAACGAAAAUAUCGAUGUAGAAAAAGGAGUCCGGCGACAAUUGAAAGAGCAAAAAUUGUGAGAAGAGAUAAGGUACGGUAGUUUGCCACGUGGCGCUAAAUUCAAAUUUCUAUUGAUUUUUGCAGGCAAAUGCUCGAGAAAGACGAAGAAUGAAUAGUUUGAAUGAUGCUUUGGAACAUUUACGAACAAUUUUGCCAGCUUUACCUGAUGAGCCAAAAAUGACUAAGAUUGAGACGCUGAAAAAAGCGCAAGAGUGAGUUUUAAGCCAAAAAUCGUGAAAAUCCUAUUUUUUAAAAGCAAGAAAAUUCACUGUUUCAAAAAUUUCAAAUAUAUUUGUGAGGAAUUUUUUCAAGUUGAUUCAAUAACUUGUUUUUUCGUCAAAAAAUCUCAAAUUUUCUCUCAAAAUUCUCCAAUUUUUUCCAGAUACAUUGCAAUUUUAUCAUCUCAACUUAGCUCAACUUCAUCCUCCUCAAAUAUUUCUCCAAAUUCUCAAAAUUCCUGCGACAAUGGUAUUUCUUGUGGUUGUUGCUCAUCUUAUCAAUCGACCCCAUUUCAAUCCCCAAAUUUUCCAUUUCCAAAUCAGAAUUUUGGAACUGCUCAAAAUUCACAGAACUAUUAUCAUUUUCAUCAACAAAAUCGAUAA